UAUUUAAUCCUUUUCUUAUCCGAAUCUUUUUUUUAAUUCACUUAAAUUAUUCAAGAUGGCGGACUCUUGUCACGCUCUCUUAUUGGUCAGUAGAAAUGUCUGCGCAGUAGCACACCUUGUUACUUCCACCAUGAUUGUACAUGAGGAACUCGUGCUCUUCAUGAAGGACGCCAUGAUGGAUUGCAAGAUUCUAACCUCUUUACUUUAUCUUCCAGCAAAAUAUCGCAGGGUAGAGAGAGAGAACAUCUGCGUUCUGUUUGAUGCCAACAUGACAUUACUCCGCUAAUAAUUCAGGGUUCAGCUCGUCCUCAAGUAUUCGAAUUGCGUGCUUACUGAAUUAAAAUGAGGAAGGCACUGUUUUAAAACACAUGAAUAUUUAUUAAAGAAAAACGAAGAGGAACAUCAAUGACAUGAUGUCCGGCUCCGAGCAGGUCACCGGUGAUUCCUCGGUAGAGCCAGAUGUUCGAAAAAUUCUCUGUGUCGGACGCGUUUGCCUCGACAUCGUCUACACGUGCACACAUUUUCCAUCAGAGGAUUCCACUCUAAGAUCUGUUGACUACAGAUGGCAAAGGGGAGGCAAUGCAUCUAAUACUUGUACUGUAUUAUCAUUAUUAAGUCAACCUUGUGAGCUCUUGGCUUGUUUGAGCGCGGAAGAACACAUUAGUUUUCUACAAAAUGACCUGCGCAAAUAUAAAAUUGACUGUUCCCACUGCCCAGUGAUAGAAGGCAUUGGCUGCCCUAUUGCAACCAUUCUGUUGAGUUUAAGUACUGGAACUCGUACAAUUGUAUAUCACAAUCAAAAUUUACCAGAUUUAACGUUUAAAGAUUUCGAACAACUUAACUUGGAGGAAUAUAGCUGGAUUCACUUUGAAGGAAGAAACGUCGACAAAGUAUUACUUAUGAUACAGCGUAUAGAAGAUUAUAAUGAUUCAUUGAGAGGAGCAGAGAGUGAUAUGCAUGAUGAGAGUGCGAAAAAUCGUGUGCCAAUUACCAUUAGCGCCGAAUUAGAAAGUCCUAGGUCAGAAAGGUUGUUAGAUCUACUGCCAUACGUUGAUGUAGCGUUUGUAGCAAAAGAUUUUGCCAAGAACCAGGGUCUCAAUAGCAUGAACGAAGUAAUGCAGACCAUCGGCCAAGAUGGCAAGUCCAGAGGAACUCUUAUUUGUGCCUGGAGUGAAGAAGGUGCAAUUGCACGUACUGCAUGUGGUGCAAUAGUAAGAUCUCCAGCUUAUCCACCGCAGAAGGUGAUCGAUACUUUAGGGGCAGGUGAUACCUUCAAUGCAGCUGUUUUAUAUUACUUAAACAAAAUUAAAGCAGAAUUUACGUACAAAUGUAAACAAGAGGUAACAUGUGCGAGUGACUAUAAUCAAGCAAAGGAUAGAUCUUUUGACCAAGACAUUACAGUUAGAGGAGAUAUUGAGCAAAAUGCCAGAAUAAAAUCUACAAAAUACAAUCGACAAGAUUUUAUUGAUAAAACGAGUUUGCAAAGAGCUAUCAAAUUUGCAUGCUGCAUUGCUGGUGCAAAAGUUGGAUUGCGUGGUUACGAUUGUCUCGAUAAAAUUUCUAGUGAUAUUUUGCAACAGGACUUUUUAAUACAUUAGCAAAAACAUGGUUUAUAUGUUUAGUUUAUUCUACAGGGUGUCCCGGGUUUUAAUCGACAAA